AUGGAGGCGCGAGUCGUGGUUUCAACGUCAGUUUUGACUGCAAAAGAGAAAAAUGAUACUCUGGUUGAUGUUCAUAAAAACUCAAACUCAGUUUCCGAUUGUUUUGAUGUGGAGGCCGUGCCUGAAAAAGAAGCUGAUAAAGAUGCUGUCCAUUGCCAAAGUUCGAACAAAUUUUUGGCCUUGCAAGAAAUUGAUAACAACGAAGCUAUUCUUUUGGAUGAGAAUGAUGAUGAUGCUAUAAUUGAUGAAGUUCAAAAGGAGGAAAACAAUAGCGGUAAGAUUGAUGGGGAGCUACAAAUGGAAGAUAAUCUAAAUCAGAGCAACCAACAUAAAAAGUUAGUAGUUUUUGAAUUGGUGUUAGCUAAUUCCCCCCAGGCUUUGCAUGAAGAUGUGAUUGAGGAGAAUGCUAGUGAGUCUAUGCGUAAAGAAGGUGAUUCAGAUGAGGGCUUAGUAGAAGUUGGAAAGGCAUGCACUUUAAAACAAGUAGAUGCGAAAAAGCAACUCCUGAGAGAAAACAUGGAAAAUUUUGAAAAACUCCUUGCUCAAGUUGCAAAGGAUGAUGAACCUGAAUUUAUCUCUGCUCGUAAGCAACGGAAGAAGCCUAGUGUCAAUAGGAAUCUGAGAGUACGUCGCUAA